UUAACAGGUGGCAAUGAUCUUGGGAAACUAUAAAAAAAAUAUUAUAAUAUAGUUUUCCGCUAUGCAGAUAUAAAUAAAAGUGAUAUCUUCAUAUUUUAAAAGUUUCAUUUCAUUAUUAAAAAAAUUAUAUAAAUCAUAUGUAAACGAAUACAUAAAACGAUGAAUGUGUGAAUUGUGAUCACAGUGGGGGAGUUACAAAAAUGGCUACCAAAAGUUAUUAUUGAAGUGUAUUUAAAUGAUAAGUGAUAAAAAUCUAUCAUUAAUCGGCGUCAUACAGGUACUAAUGAAAUUGCCAGAUGAGUGAAACGACUGUGGGGGCCAUGCAAGGUGCUCCUGGAGAACACCGGCUUAAGCAUCUUGAACGAUUAUUCCUAGGGGGCCCUGUUCUGGGAAAGGAACUUAGUUUCAGUAUCGAAACCCUACUAGACUUACUUAUAGUCUUAUACGAUGAAUGCUGUAUCUCCAGCCUACGUAAGGAAAAAACUGUUUCGGAUUUUAUUGAAUAUGUAAAACCUGUAGCAAACUCUGUCAAACUGCUGAGACUAACUAGAGAUGAUUUUGAGAUAAUAAAGGUCAUAGGGCGAGGUGCUUUUGGCGAGGUAUGUGUUGUAAAAUUUAAAGGAACGGACAGAGUGUUUGCUAUGAAGAUACUCAAUAAAUGGGAAAUGCUUAAAAGAGCAGAAACAGCAUGUUUUAAAGAAGAGCGUGAUGUUUUAGUUUAUGGUGAUAGGAGAUGGAUAACGCAUCUUCACUAUGCAUUUCAGGAUGAAUCUAAUUUGUAUUUAGUAAUGGAUUAUUAUUGUGGGGGUGAUCUGUUAACGUUAUUGAGUAAAUUUGAGGACCGUCUUCCAGAAGAUAUGGCAAGAUUUUAUAUAGCAGAAAUGGUCUUAGCCAUAGACUCUAUUCACAAUCUUGGAUAUGUGCACAGGGAUAUCAAGCCAGAUAAUGUUCUGUUAGAUGCAAAUGGUCAUAUUCGGUUAGCAGAUUUUGGUAGUUGUUUGAAAUUAAAUGAAGAUGGAAUGGUGCAAUCAAAUGUAGCAGUAGGAACCCCGGAUUAUAUUUCUCCAGAGAUUCUAAGGGCAAUGGAGGAUGGCCAAGGUAGAUACGGUCCAGAAUGUGAUUGGUGGUCUCUUGGCGUCUGCAUGUACGAAAUGUUAUUUGGUGAAACACCAUUUUAUGCCGAGAGUCUAGUCGAGACCUAUGGAAAGAUUAUGAACCAUAAAAACUGUUUCGAUUUUCCUACUGACAUAGAAGUUUCCGAUGCAGCAAAAAAUUUGAUUAAACAACUAAUAUGUAGCCAGGAAUUUCGUUUGGGACAGAAUGGAAUUCAGGAUUUCAAGAAUCACCCUUGGUUCGAGGGUGUAGAUUGGGAUUCGAUUAGGGAAAGUAGUGCUCCGUAUAUUCCAGAAGUAUCCAGUCCCACGGAUACUUCAAAUUUUGAUGUCGACGAUGCUGACAUAAGGUUGUCCGAUGCUUUGCCUCCAACUGCCAAUAAUGCCUUUACAGGCCUUCAUUUACCUUUCAUCGGAUUUUCAUUUACACAAGGAAGUUAUAUUUGUGAUUUAAGUAAUCUUUCGUGUUAUAUAAAAUCGAAUUCGACUGAUAAACAAAAUCAACGAAAUAAAAGCGAUUUAAUGGGUAACGAAAAAGAAGGUGAAAAACGAAUUUCACCCGAUGGAACUAGGAAACUUCAGGAUGAAAUUAAUAUUUUAACAAAACGAAAUUGCGAACUAGAGUCUCAAAUAAGAAGCCUUGAAGCUGGUCAAUCAAGGGAAUUUCAGACGGAUUCGUUAGAUGGCUCUGAUAACAGUAAACUUAAGGAAAUGGAAAAACUUAUUAGGAUAUUGAAACAGGAGAAAGAAGAAAUUCAAAAAGAUAAACAAGAUUUACAGGAAAAAUUGAAGUUUCAAGAUAAAGAGUUAAAAGAUGCUGUGGCGCAAAAAAAAUUAGCCAUGACUGAAUAUACAGAGGUGUCGGACAAAUUAGCGGAACUUAGGCAGCAGAAACAGAAGUUUUCUAGACAGGUUCGGGAUAAGGAAGAAGAAUUAGAAACGGCAAUGCAGAAAGUAGAUUCCUUAAGGAAUGACAUAAGGAGAGCAGAAAAAUUAAGGAGAGAAUUAGAAUCUCGAGUUGAUGAAGCUCAGGCAGAAGCAACCAAAGAACGAAAAUUAAGGGAACGAUCAGAGGAAUACUGUCGACAGAUGCAGGCUGAAUCUGAUCGGCUUAGGGUUAGGAGUGAACAUGGUCCUAGGGAUCAGCAAGACUCUCUCAGGCUGAAAGCUGAACUAGAAAAAUUAGAGGUUCAAUAUAAUGAGAGUUUAGCACAGCAACAAGCCAGGUAUAACUUGGAAAUAUCAUCGCUGCGGGAACAACUACAUGAGGCAGAAACACAUAGGGACCUCUUAGAACGAGAGGUACAAUCAUUAAAAGAGAAAGUGGAAAAAUCUAGAUUAGAAGCAAUAUCAGAUUCUGAACAGAUGAUUGCUGAAUUAAAUCGUCGUCACGAAAGAGAUAAACAAAUUUUAUUGGAGGAUAAUAAAAAACUUUCUUCUAAUAUCGAAUUUUUAACCGAAUCUAUGAACCGCUUCCAAACAGAAAGAACUAACCUCGAAUCUGAAUACGACCAACUGAGAAAUAAACAAGAAGCGUUGGGUCAGUGGGAGUCACAGUUAGCAGAAAUAAUCCAGUGGGUAAGCGACGAAAAGGACGCUAGGGCGUAUUUACAAGCUUUGGCAACAAAAAUGACAGAAGAGUUAGAUUACCUUAAACAUGCUGGUGUAUCCAACGCUGUGGGUGGGUCAGAUAAAAACUGGAGAAACAGAAGAUCGCAAAAGUUAGAUAAAAUGGAGCUGCUUAACCUACAGAGUUCUCUGCAGAGCGAAAUACAAGCUAAGCAGUCUAUCAGCGAAGAUCUGAGUAGAACUAGGGAAGCACUGUUAGCAGCUCAAAAGGAAUUAAGGGAUUACAGACAGCGUAAUGAGGCUUUAAAUCUUGAUCUUAAAAGAAAGGAGAAGCAAAUUAAGGACUUUCAAAAUCGACUGGAUUCCGAAGGAUUUUUGGAGAGGCCGUCAUCGCAAAUGUCAUACCUUGAUCAGUUUUUGAAAGAAACUAACUCGUCUUGUCAGCAGAAUACGUACGACAAUUUACCUGUUCAGAACCUUUUAUAUCAAGGCGGUUCGAUCGAAUCCGAAGAAGGAGAUAUAGAAGACAACAGAGCGUUGAGCAUGUCUAGCUCGAAAAGUAAUUUAUCAGAAUUAAGUUUACAUGAGUCGCAGUCUCCCAUGAAACACAAAGCGCACCAGUUUUUGGUUCGUACUUUUUCUAGUCCCACAAAAUGCAGCCAUUGUACGUCUUUGAUGGUGGGCCUUAUGAGGCAGGGGAUGGUUUGUGAAAUAUGUGGAUUUACUUGUCAUACGGCCUGUUGCCCUCACGUUCCUGCUAUUUGUCCAGUUCCGCCGGACCAGACCAAACGUCCUUUGGGAAUCGAUCCUACAAGAGGCAUCGGAACAGCUUACGAAGGCUACGUUAAAGUUCCGAAACAAGGAGGAGUGAAAAAAGGUUGGGUCAGACAAUUCGUUGUUGUUUGUGACUUUAAACUAUUUUUAUACGACAUAUCAGCAGAUCGUAAUGCCUUACCAAGUGUUCAUGUAGCUCAAGUAUUAGAUAUGCGUGAUCCUCAGUUUAGUGUAUCUAGUGUUAAGGAUUCUGAUGUCAUUCACGCGAAUAAGAAAGACAUACCUUGUAUAUUUAAGGUCACCACAUCCCUAAUGGAACCACCAGGGCCGAGAAAUUCAACGUUAAUGCUGGCCGACACAGAGGCCGAACGGAACAAGUGGGUGACUGCCCUUGCAGAGUUACAUCGAAUUAUGAAAAGAAAUAAUUUACCGAAUACCACCGUAUUAGUAGCAAGGGAAUUAAUCGAUACAUCCCUCACCUUAUUAAGAAGUACCCAUUCCGCAGCCAUAAUAGAUCCAGACAGGAUCGUUUUAGGUACGGAAGAGGGAAUGUACUGCAUUGAUUUAGACAGAAGCGAAAUUGCGAAAAUAGGAGAAGGGAAGAAAAUAUUACAAUUGGAAUAUAUAAGCGAGGAGCAUUUAUUAGUCGUCGUUAGCGGCAAACAGAGACAGGUUAGACUCGUACCUAUUAGAGCCCUGGAUGGAGACGACGUGGAAUGGAUUAAAGUGACGGAGAGUAAAGGUUGUGCAGUACUCAGCGUAGGGCCUGUUUUAAGAGCCCCUUUGACGUUUUGCCUUUGUGUAUCAAUAAAGAAACAGCAAAAUUCGUCAGUGAUUAUUAUCUACGAAAUAACCCGUACAAAAACUAGGCAUCAACGUGUUCGUGAAAUUGGUUUACCAGUCAAUGUACAAUCUCUCCAGCUUCUAACAGAUGGUCGACUGUGUGUAGGAUCACCAUCUUGUUUUACCAUUUACAACAUUCAGAGUGGGGAUCAACAGCUUAUAUCACUGUUGCAUCAAGAAAAUCCUUUAUAUGCAACAAUAACUUGUAGUGCCGUCGAAGCACUAAGGGUCGUGGAACUUCCGAGGCACGAAUAUUUGUUGAUAUUUGGUACUCUAGCUGCUUAUGUUGACCGACAUGGUAGGAAGUCACGAGACAGAGAAAUAAUGUAUCCUGCCGUUCCAACAGCUAUCGGAUACAGAGACGGUCAUUUAAUCGUAUACAGUGACACUCAUAUAGAUAUAUUCAACUGUGCAACAGGCGAAUGGGUCCAAACUGUGAAUAUAAAGAAAGCAAAACCAUUAAAUGAUAGUGGUAGUCUUACCUUGUGCACGUUAAAUGAUUUAGCACAUUUGUUAUAUCUAUCCAACAUUCAUCAAAAAGAGAUAAUAAAUUUAGACAACAUUGUUACACUUGAUCGUGAAGGCAGAACGGUUCCGAAGACGAGAAGAAGGUUUUCAUUAAGAGAGGGAAAUCGAUCACAACGAAUAAAUACAGAUAGGCGUUCAAAACUAAUAUCGGCACCGACAAACUUCAAUCAUAUUAGUCACAUGGGUCCGGGAGAUGGUAUUUCGCGGCAAAAGUUGAUUGAUUUGACUAUGGGUCUAACUGAUCAAAUCGCCGAACCAAACGCCUACGCUGCUACCGUUCCAACGCCUCAGCCAAGGCAAAUAACAAAGUCGGCUCCGUUACCACCAAAACAUGGUGAAAGAAAGCGACCGGAGAUUUCAAACCCGAUACCGAUUAGAACGACUUUUCCCGCUUACAAUGGUGCAAAAAGGGCAGCCCCUCCUCGACCAAGGGAUCUGCCGCCGGCAUUACCAAGACCCUCUGAUACUUCGCCGUCUCCAGAUCCAGCAAGCAUUGGCAGUAUGUCUUCUUUACAUGAAAUAAUCAAGGGAACAGAGAAUAGAGGUAGUCCUCGUCACUCGAUUGCCAGUAACAAUAGUUCCAAUCUGUCAACACCCCCGUCUCCUCAAGCGGACCACCACAACAGCUCAAGUUACGAUAGCUAAAAACUGCCAUUAAUCAGCUGUAAUUUACCAUGCAUUUAUAAGGAAAAUGUUAUAAGAAAAGUGAGAAUAUAGUCGUUGACUGAUAUGUAGAGUGACCAGUAAGAAAAAAAAUUAUGCAAUUGUACACUGAGAUUUGUUUGAUGUUGAAUUUUUUAAAAGAAACAAUGGAUACUUUACAUGUCUAGACUGAUUAGUUACCUCAAGUUUUAAAGUAUGAAAAAUUAUUCAAACAAUAAAAAUUGAUAUUAUUAAUAUAUAUUUAGAUUUUAAGAUGGCACUUGUACUUAUUUUUAUGUACAUUUUGUGAAUUAUUUUUUUUAUUUUGUUUAUAUUUUAUUAAGAUUGUAAAAUAAUCCAAGUCAAUUAAGUGUUGUAAUAUGAUUUUAUCCUCGAGCAAUUCUGAAUAAUGUAACGUUUCUAUUUAGGUUGCAUUAUUUGACUUCUCUACUAUAUUUUAUAUUUAUAUCUAUUUAUUUGUUUUAAAAUUUUA